AUGCUGUUGGAAGAGAAGGAGUUCUUUGGCGACGAAUUCCUCGGCUUGAGGAUCUCGUUUGGAGAUCCUCAAUCGCACUGGACCCUCACCGAAAAGCUAGGCGAGAGGCAUUCGCAACUCAUUCCUGAAGACGUUAUUGAGUACCCUUCUUUACGCGGAGCAGCUUAUGGCACAUUUCUUGCCAAGAGCGCAGAAAAUGUGAAUCAAGAAGCCGUGAUUCGGAUCAUUAUGCAAAUUCCACAUGCGGGUGCGGAGAUCGCGUCGUCCGCAGAAAGAGCCCGCUACGCCGUUCAGACAAUCCCCAAACGCGCCCAGGACAUGGUGGACGCACUCACUCUGCUAGACGGGGCUCAGUGCAGAUGCGCUCCGCGGUUGAUGGGCGUUGUCGAGAGGGCACAGGGUGACACGGACCCAGUGCCGGGUGGCUUCCUGACAUAUCUGCUGCUCGAGAAAUUGCCUGGGAAAAAGAUGGGCCCUUGGUUCUGGGACCUAGACCGCGACGAGCGUGAUAAAAUGCGAGCUUACCUCAAAGAUGCCUGGAUCGAGUGUACUCGUACUUCUCAGUAUCGCCCGCUUUCAUCACCGUCGAAGAUGUUCUGGGAUGCCAGCACGCAAAGAAUGCAUGUCUUCGAUCACAGCAUGAUGACUUGA